CAAUUGGCAAUCCCCCGACAAAGACGGCAUUGUUCGGAGUCGGUGUGUUGAGCUAGAGCCGUGCGAGUCGAGAGUCGGAGCUCAGGACAAGAAGCGAUGAAGGAAUCAACUGCGUUUGGCUUCGUAGCUGCGUUGAUUAUCACGUUGUCCAACGUCGGAGCACAUUUACCAUUCGAUCAAGAUGUUGUUGAUUACCACACGGGUGACGGCCACCAUCAUCCCCACUAUCCAUUCGAGCCGCCGGGAUGUCCAGAUACGUGUAAAGGAGAGCGAGGCCCUCCUGGCGACCGUGGAGAAAAAGGUAACAAGGGGCAUGCUGGACAUAAGGGAUUUCCUGGCACUGUGCCCUGGGCUGCAUGGAAAGGUCAUGUUCGAUAUGGUGUCUUGGGUGAACAAGGACCUCCAGGAGAUGAUGGCCGUCCUGGAAUACGAGGCAGGAAAGGAGUGAAGGGUGCUGCUGGCAUACCUGGUGAUCGAGGAGCAGAUGGAAGAAAUGGACCAAAGGGAGAACCAGGAAAUAAAGGACCAAACGGAGCUAGAGGCACCACUGGAUCCCAAGGCUUGAAAGGAUUUUCUGGAGAUAAAGGCUUUGGUGGCCUCAAAGGUAACAUUGGACCUAUAGGCAGAAAAGGAGAGAAAGGAAAUCCAGGCUCAACUCCAACUGCUGGAGACAAGGGAAGCAACGGAGUUCCAGGACUAAAUGGAGACGAGGGGAUGACAGGCGACAUAGGAGAGAAUGGAGACAAGGGAUUAAAAGGGCAAAAAGGAGCAAACGGGCCAGCGGGCAUACAGGGUAACCCAGGUCCAGAUGGCACACCAGGCGACUCAGGACAAAAAGGUUUGGUAGGCUUGCGAGGCGCUAAAGGAAGCAAUGGUUUAAAAGGAAACCAAGGAGAUUUCAUUCGAAAGACAAGAUACGAUGCUGCUCCAUGCGCACGUGUUCGAGAAAGUCAAGUCCGUUAUAACCCAGAAACUAAAAAAGUUUACUUCUGCGAUGGAAGAGAAUGGAAGUGCCUGGUGUCGAAACCAUGCAGCUCUGGAUGAAGACUGAAUGACAGAAGACCCAUAGUACAUACUGCCAGGACAAUAGCUUAUAGCCUCAGUGGUCUUUUACUGUUAACGGAAUAUGGAUAACUUUCUUUCUACAUAA